UUAUAGACAGGAUGCGCCAUCUGAAGUGUCCUCAAAUUAUUACCUCAAAAAGAAAUAUUAGAGAUAGAUAUAUACAUUAAUCUCUCUCAAUUUCGCAGCAACUUAUCGAAUUUUAUAUAUUAGAAUUGAUUUUUUGAUUUUCUUCUUAUAUCAUUUAGAUUUUUAAUCAGAAAUUAAAAUACAUAUGAAUAUACACUUAACAGUUACGUUUCAUACGAGUGUAGUAGCUUAUGAUUUAAAUAUGGCGUCAUUCUUAUGUAUAUUUUAUUAAGGAUAAACAUAAAAUAAUAAAUAAUUUAGUGUGUUUAUAUCACUUGCAUCUUAUCCUACAUUUUGAAGAAUAAUUAGGUGAUAUGGAAAGAACAACCUUGCCCGAACAAUCGGCAUCGCAAACGGAGACAGUAUUGGAGGGGGAUAUCACUGAUUCUGGAUCACAGUGGCCGGUCCUUAUUGCACUAUGAUCCUUGGAGAUCUUGGAGCAGAAGUUAUAAAAAUUGAGAAACCUGGUAGUGGCGAUGAAGCACGUAAAUGGGGACCACCAUUUUUUAAUGGAACUCAAGAAUCUACUUAUUUUGUGAGCGUUAAUAGAAAUAAGAAGAGUAUAUGCAUAGAUUUGAAAAAAGGAAGAGAUAUUAUCUAUGAGUUAGCUAAAAAGUCUGACGUACUUGUAGAAAAUUACAUUCCAGGAAAGUUAAUGAAAAUGGGUUUAGGAUAUACGGAUAUAAAAAAGAUAGCACCUCAUCUUAUAUAUUGUUCCUUGACUGGUUAUGGUUCUGUAGGUCCUUAUGCUAAUAGACCAGGUUACGAUGUCAUUGCUAGUUCCAUAGGUGGUCUUUUACAUAUCACAGGCUUUAAAGAUGGACCUCCAUGCAAAGUGGGUGUAGCUAUGACUGAUAUGGCUACAGGUCUUUAUGCACAUGGUGCUAUCAUGGCAGCAUUACUUCAAAGAUUAAAAACUAAGGAAGGACAGUGGAUUCAGUGUAAUCUUUUAUCUACUCAAAUUGCUAGUUUAAUAAAUAUCGGGUCAAAUUACUUGAAUGCUGGUCAAGAGGCAACAAGAUGGGGUUCUGAACAUGAAAGUAUUGUACCUUAUGAAGCUUUUUCAACAAAAGACGGAUACUUAACAGUUGGUACAGGAAGUGAUUUUCAAUUUACUGAGCUAAUUCAAAAGAUGCAAUUAAUAGAAUUAGGUAAUAAUAAUAAAUAUAAGAAUAAUGUUAAUAGAGUGAAAAAUAGAAAAGAAUUAUUGAAUAUACUUAGAAGUGAAUUUAAAAAGAAAACAAAUAAAGAAUGGAUGGCAAUAUUUGAAGGAUCCACAUUUCCAUAUGGACCUGUUAAUACCAUAGAACAGGUCUUUGAGGACAAUCAUGUAAAACACAUAGGAUUGGUUAAAGAAGUGGAACAUUCUAAUAUAGGAAAAAUAUGUGUUGUUGGACCACCAGUAACAUAUAGUUAUGCUAAUAAUAGUGUCAGACUUCCACCUCCAAUGUUAGGGCAACAUACAAAUGAAAUCUUAAGAGAUUUAUUAAAAUAUUCUGAUGAUGAGAUACAAAAUUUAAUAUCACAGAAAAUUAUACAGUGAUCAAACUAAACUAUUAUCAUUAUUUAUAUUUAACG